AUGCUACGACGAUGCUUGCUCGCGGCGCUUGCGCUGGCGAGCCUGUAUUGGCUGCUGCGCGCGCCUGAGCAGGAUAGAGUGGAGCGCCGUGUGAUUGCAGUGGCAGACUUGCACGGCGACUAUGCACAUGCGAUCAAUGUGCUGCGAGAGACGCGCGUCAUUGGACAAGACGACACGAACUGGAUCGCCGGGAGCGACGUGCUGGUCAGUACGGGUGAUACUGUGGACCGUGGCGACGAUACGAUUCGCUUGUAUCAAUUAUAUGCGUCCUUGCGCAAGCAGGCACACAAGGCCGGCGGCCAAGUAAUCAAUUUGUUGGGCAAUCACGAGAUGAUGAAUGCGUUGAUGGACUGGCGGUAUGUCACGCAGGGCGAUAUUGCGUCGUUUGGCGGCGUGCAAGCGCGCAGAGCGGCCAUGAGUGUGGACGGAUGGAUCGGCAAAGAAUGGCUCGAUGCAUACAAUGUCACUGCGCGUAUCGAGCUCUUGCCGGCCACGGGCUCGUUCAAGCCUAAAGCCAUGUCGUUUGUGCAUGGCGGCAUCACGCCGCAUUGGGCCAAGCGUGGGAUUGAUGCAAUCAAUACGGUGGGCCGUUCGUUUCUUUACAAGGCGCUUGCCGAUUCGGAGCCGGACGGGUAUGCACCGUCAAACGUGACAAAAGAGGAGAUGGCCGUGUACAAUAGCGAGGGGCCGUUUUGGUACCGCGGAUAUGCUGAGCCAGAGACCAAGGCGCUCUGUCGUCGGGCUUCAGAAGCGUUGAAAGCGAUGGAUGCGCAAUUCAUGGUCAUGGGACAUACGCCACAGUACGAUGGAUUUGCGGAGCGGUGCGACGCGCAGGUGCUAAUUAUCGAUACGGGAAUUAGUUCGUAUUAUGGCGGAAAGCAAAGUGCGUUGGUCGUGCACUCGAGAGGCGUGCAUCAGUCGAAGCAGUACACUGUUACAUAUACUUUCUGGCAGCAUCGUGUGGGCGAGCAGCCUGUGCAGCUUAGCCUUAUCACGGAGCAUGAAUCGCUGGGUUAG